AUGCUACACAGUUUCGAACCAGCCCAUCAUUCGUCGAGGAGCGGCAUCCCCUCCCAACGCCACAUCGAGCACAUACCGCAACAAGGCUUUCAGGCAGGUGACUAUCUCCCUUUCGAUCAUCUUCCAACUGAGCCAGAGGAAGAUAUUUACGACCUAGGAUCUGUACUGUAUAGCUACUUCCCUGAGGAGUUCGAUCCCAACCCCGUAGCAGAAGACAGGGUGCCCACAGAGAGGAGCGAACGACGUAUCAACCACUUCAUCGCACAGCACACCGAACCCCUCACUACCGCCAAUACAACCAGCACGACAAACACAGACUGUCCCAUCUGUAUGGAGGACGCUACCGCUCACGACUGCGUCAAGAUCAAGGGAAUUGUAGGCUGUGAACACAUGAUCGGCCAAAAUUGUCUCAAGGAGUUUCUAAGUCGACAGUGGAAUAGGGAUAAGACAUGUCCUCUCUGUCGAGCUGUUUGGCUUAGAAAUGGCGUAUGGGAAGAUGUAGCGGCGCAGUCGGAUGGACCAACUGGUCGCCAAGUUGCUUCUUUUGGUCAUGGUAGUCGUAAUCGUCGGGAACGCGGCAUGGAUCGCGUGAGAGGGUUAUUGCAUAGUGCGCGCGAUCAGCAGCGGAGGCGCAACAACUGA